AUGAUUCACCUCGCUCACACGGCUCACUGGCAGUUCCUGGGCCUGAUAGUCGGAUUCCUGGCAUGGAUCCUCACAAUGACUACAGUCGGCCUCAACGAGUGGCGCCUCUGGCAAGUAGCCAAUGUGUCCGUCAUCACCUCGGGCGAGGCCUGGGUGGGUAUUUGGAGGGUGUGCUUCUACAGUCAUGACGUUCCCGGGAUGGAGAACUGUCAGAGCAUCAGCAUUUCAGACAUCUUUGCUCCAGUGGAGAUCGCUGUGGCUCAGGUGCUGAUGAUGCUCGCAGUCAUCUUUGGCCUCGCCGGGAACAUCAGCGGUGCAGUGGCCGUGAGGAUGGUCUACUUCUCCGUGGAAGAUUGCAGAAACAUUAGGCUGGUCUUCCUGCUGGCGGGGGUGCUGUAUUUGCUCUCAGCGACGUCCUCCUUGGUGCCGCUGGUGUGGAACAUGAGCUCCGUGCUGAAAAACAGCACCAUAGACUUUCCUCCUGAGUUCCAAAUCCCUGCUCCUCCUGUCAGUCAGCGAAUUGGCUCGGCCAUCGGAGUGGGCCUCUGCACCUCUAUUGCGAUGUUCGUAAGUGGCCUGCUUUUCCUCUGCUACCGGUACGCAUGGCGGGCCGUGAGCACAGAGGGCCCCAGAGACCCACUCGAUGGCCCCUGGACUCUGACAACACUGCCACAGAAAUCUGAACUGUCAAACAGAGUCGGAAAUGGCAUCGAUAAUGCCUCCUUUCAUCGUGAAUAG